UUACCCGGCCGUUAAUGAUGAUACGAAGAAGAAUGAUGUCACUUCCGUAAACACAAAGCGUUUGUAUUGUCUAACUGUGCCGGGUGAUUUUUUCCCCAUGUUUUUCCCCCCUUUAUUUGUGCAUCUUGGAUGUUUACGUAAUUUUUCACGUAGAUGUCUCAUACUGAAUCCUCCGGUGCGACCUCUCCUGACAUACAAAGCCCAUGUGUGGGUGUGGGUGAAAGUACUGAAGAUGGUAGAGAUGACUCUGCUGACAAAAACACUAAAUGUGUGAGCAGUGACUGCAGCAGUCCAGACAGCAGUGUGAGGGAGCGUGUGUUAAAGGAAGUAGGACUCACCAGCACCACAUUCAUUGGUCCUGCAUUUCCUCCAGAAGCAGUCACAAUUGAAGACACACUGAGUGAGUUUUACAAAGAGCUGGAGAAAAUCGAUACACCUGAUAGCACCAAUGGUAACCCAGGGAAACAACAUGAAGAUUUUAUUAAACUACCCACACCUCUUAAAAUAUCUACCAGCAAACAGACUCAGGAUGUAAACCAAGGGAAAAUCGUUAAUGCAAGCAAAUCUGCAGAAACGGACAGCUACCAGAAAAGCAGUGGACAAAAACUUCAAUCCUGGCCACACUGGUAUCAAAAUGAGCCGUACUUUCCCAGAAGGCCGAGAGCAGGCAUAGACGUGAGCUCUGGUAGAGCUGUUGCUGCUCAAAAUCAGUGGCAUUAUUCUCAACCACUGAACAGACCACCGAACCAAAGAUUACACAGACCCCCAUUCCAUCACCCACCACCACCAUCUGCAUUCCCAAAUGCACAAAAUCUGCCACCACAUGUGAAUCCCAACUGGAGCGCUUCAGGCAUUGCAUUGGUGUCGCAUCUUCCAACAUUUUCUCGCUUGCCAUCUCCAAAUGAAUACAGCCCCCCCACUCAGGGAUAUUAUGGAGAUUAUCCACGUCACUUUGACAGGGAUGAACGGGGUUGUAGCUAUGAUGCAUACUCAAAUAAUGUAAAUGUAAGAUGGUCUAGAGAUAGAGAAGAAGAUCGGCCUCAGCUUGAUGAAGAGGAUGACAGGCACCAGAGAUUUGAUUCAGAAAAUGAACUCUGGGAGCAACAGCAUCACUGCCGGCCCCCCGAUAAUACUCAUGCAUGCCAUUCUUCCUUGGUGCUGAUCUUAAUGAGGGGCUUGCCAGGAUCUGGGAAAUCAACCCUGGCCAGGGAGCUGCUCUCCACUGGUCCCAGUGGGCUAAUACUGAGCACAGAUGACUACUUUGCCCACAAGGACGGCUACCGCUAUGAACCAGGCCUUCUAGGAGUGGCACAUGAAUGGAACCAGAGCAGAGCUAAAGGUGCUAUGCAUGAUCGCCGGUCUCCAAUUAUCAUAGAUAAUACAAAUAUUCAAGCCUGGGAAAUGAAGCCAUAUGUCAAAAUGGCUUUGGAGAGAGGAUACAGAGUAGACUUUUGUGAACCUGACACCAGCUGGAAGUUGGAUCCUUAUGAGCUGGAGAAGAGGAACAAGCAUGGUGUUCCCCAGGAGAAGAUCACUCAGAUGCUGGAUCGCUUUUCAUCUCCCGUAUCCAUAGACAUUGUCAUGAGUUCACAAGAGCCGCCUCACGUGCACCAGAGGCGUCGGCCAGAGCAGCCACAGAGGAUGAGGAGAAACAGAGAUUUCUAGAGAUUUUUAGUUAAUACAGGGAUUUAACCAGCCAAAUACUUUGCCUUGAAGAACAACAUUUUUGUAAUUGUGUAAAAAUUGUUGCUGCUGUUUCUACACAAAUUUAAUAUAUAAUGUUGUAUGCUGUAAAUUUGUGUAAAGAGAGAACAAACAUAUUUUCUCUGAAGACAUUUUCAUUGUUUAAUUGUCAUGUGUCAUAUCUUCUCUGGUAAAAGUCAAAUCUGCAUUAUUUUUGUAAUUUGUAUUUAAUGACUGAUAUUUUAGACUUGCAUUUUGUGGGUUCAUUAAAAUAUGCAACAACAUGGAGAA